CACCACUCAGUUUUGAAACUGUUAUGUUGCGUACAUUGAUCGUAACGAUUAGCAUUUAGCUAGCCAUGUGUUUUUAAUCUGUCGUCAAUAGAUUUCAUUAUUAUACGAUCACUGACAUGAACAAAGUUUUAAUUUAUCGCUUAAUAUUAAGUGCAGUUUAGCUAGCUAGCCAGCAACAAUGUCCACAGCUUGGACAGAGCGCCACGGAGAAGUCGGUGAUCUGAGUAGCAAGAGUAAAGAAGAUCUUUUGGAAAUAUUGUCACGUCAAGAAAAAAUACUUCACAAUAAGAGGUUCAUCAAUACCCUUCCUGAUAAGGGUAAGAAAAUCUCCGACUUUGCGGAGAGAGUGCGCCUUGCGCUCGCAAACCUGAAAGAAGAAGAGAAGAAGCAAGCCAGUUUGUCCUCUGUUCGAACAGAAUUUCAGGCCAAGUAUCAGCAUGCGUUUGCUCAGAGCCACAUAACAUUAGUCUCAAGUGAUUCGGAUACUGCGCGACUAAAUCUGAAAGAUGAUGAGGACUCAUUGGAAAGUGGCAACAUAAACACAUACUUGGCGAGAAGCAGCGGCCGUGUGGAUGAGCCACAGGCCACCGAGACUCCAGAAAAGCGCACUGAACCCACUGCAGCCUCCAAUGGUGAACUCGUGGUACUGUUGAAUAAUGACACGUCAAAAGAUGCUGAUCUUGUGAAUGCUUUUGAACGGGUCACACUCUCGGAGGGAAAAUCUGCUCCAUCCGAAGCCACCCUUAAAAACACUUCACCAAAAAAUCCCUUCAGUCACUCACAGUUUCACAAGAAGCCACAUUACAUAGACAUCUUAGAGAAAUCGGAUGCAAGUGUGAGAAAACCUAGAUUCAAACCUAAUCAACUACUGGUGAAGUCAACAUCUCCCUCGCCUGGUCAGUCUCCUGGCAGUGUUACACCGCUUACGGCUGAAGCCAGGAGACAAAGGGACAGGAAGCACCUCGAUGACAUCACUGCUGCCCGAUUUCCCCCAAUGCACCACAGCCCUGCACAGCUGCUCUCACUGGAGGAGUCGUUUGGCCUUCUGCAAGAGCAGGCAAAAAUGCACCAGGAGUUGCAAGCCAGGCUGGCUGCCCAGAAGUUGGCUGAGGGCCUGACUGUUGGUAUGAGCACCUACAAUCCUGAAGGGGGUGCUCUGGCAGCCUACCGAGAGGUACAUGAUGAUGGGGCCCUCUCAGAGGAAAACUAAUCCAGGAGCCCCAUGACCCGGCCCGUGCCUCAGGCUGCCGGUGGUGCCUUUACGCUGGAGCCGCAUGUACCCAGAGAAAUCCAUGCAGCUGCUGUAAUGUGGACGAUGCUCCAGGCCAUCAGAUUUUGAAUGUUCUCUGAAGAUGUUCUGAAGAACGUUAGACUGCAGUGAAGGCCACUUCAGAAGUGUGCCUAACUGUGAACUUAAAUGUUUUUAAUAUUUUUCAAAAAGCACUUAAGCAAGGAUCCUCCAGGGUAGUACGAGGGACCCGGAGGACUGCAUGUGUGUUGGGGUAUUCUUGCUAUAACACCUAAUGCUCCUUAUAUCAGCAUCAUGAAACCGUUGAGAUGAACCAGGUGUUGCAACGAAGGCACGCAGCCCCUGGCACCUUGGCCAAGAACCCACUCCGCGACUGCUUCCGUUUCAAACACAAUGCAAAAACAAUCUUAUUUUUGUAAGAUUUAAUUUGCAGUGUGGUCAAAUAAAUAGUGUGAGAGCAUA